AUGCCGCCUUAUCCGGCGAGAAGCGAGACCCCGCCGCCACCUCCGGCGAUAUUGGCUCCGUUCCUGGACACAGGGGAAGACAGCCGACCAGCGGCCGGUCCAGCUCCGCGCAUUCACAUCAUUCCCAUUACCGUGGAGCCGCGCACGCCCACCAUGCUCUACUCGGUGUGGUAUUUAGUUAGUGUUCAGUUAACGCAAAGCAGGAAGCUUUCUCUAACAAGCCCGUUGCCCUUCGUUUCCUCGAAGUCGGGCAUCUACUUCCAGGACCGAUCCAGCCACAUGCCUUCGGACGCGCGGGGUCAAAUGAGCAAGGAGUCCGGCACCACGUCCAGCCAGGCGUCCGGCAAGGCGUCCGGUAUGCCGUCCAGUACCAUGUCGGACCCCACGGCCAUGUCCUCCACGUCGCAGAGCACCAAAUUGUCCGGCACGAGGCAAAAGUCCCACUCCUUGCCCCUCACGGACAAGUCCAAGGCAGCGGAUUUAAGACAGCGUUCCCUGAUGAGAGGAGGAGCAAACUCGCUGGUUCCAUUCUGCGGGUGCAUAGUGGUCCUCCUCGUCUUUCUCAUCCUCCUCUGUUUCAUGCUUUGGGCUGAUUCCGAUUCUCAUCACGAAGCUGGAGUCCCGAAACACCUGCGUGAGUAUGCUGGCACGACAUAG